AUGGCCGAUAGGAUAUGCGAUUUACCUGACGAAGUUCUAUUUUACGUUCUCUCUUUCCUCCCAACCGCCGCCGCCAUCGCCACCACCGUCCUCUCCAAGCGCUGGAACGCUCUCUGGCGCACGUGUCCCUCUCUCACCUUCGACGACUCCGACUACUUCUCCAACCCAACCAGCCAAUCCUACUCCCGCUUCGUCCAGUGCGUACACGUGGCAAUCCUCUUGCGCGAUUGGCAUCAGACGGUGCGUUCGUUCCGCCUCAGUUGUCGUUCUUCUCUCUGCGACUACACCAACGUGACAGUGUGGAUAAACACGGUGUUGCAACUAGGGGUUCAGCACCUUGACCUCUGCGUCGAAAACUUGUUCAACUUGCCCAGCGCCGUUCCCACAUGCAAAACGCUCGUCGUUCUCAAGCUGGAAAAGUUCUACAUUAAGAAUAUCUCCACCUUUGAUUUUCCUCUGCUCAAAAUCAUGCAUCUGAGAAACCUAUAUUUCUGA